CACGACUGUUCAGCGCUGCGCUAUACUUGACACAGUUCCCAAUUCUCGGUGUCACGCAUACAACUCGACCCAACAAUAAAGCGCAACCGAAUUGCUCCACUGGCAGCUGCCUGCCACGCCCAGAACCUCACUCCCCCAGCUCAACAAACACAACCACAACCAUGACGUCCCGAUUAUCACUGGUUCUAGGCGACCUACACAUCCCCGAUCGAGCAAUAGACAUUCCCGCAAAGUUCAAAAAACUUCUCACCCCCGGCAAAAUCGGCCAAAUCCUCUGCCUCGGCAACCUCACCUCCCCAUCCGUCUACGCCUUCCUCCGCACCCUCGCACCCGACCUGCAACUCGUAAAAGGCGACUUCGACAUCCCCAUGUCCCUCCCCUCCACCGAUCCCUCGACACAAUCAACCACCUCCUUUCCAAUCCCCACCGCGCUCUCAAAAGUCGUCACCCACGGCAGCCUCCGGAUAGGCUUCACCCACGCCUCGACCAUAAUUCCACAUGGCGACCCGGAUGCGCUGCUUAUCGCGGCGAGACAAAUGGAUGUGGAUGUCCUGUGUUGGGGAGGGACGUGUAAAUUCGAGGCGUAUGAGAUGGAGGGGAAGUUCUUUGUGAAUCCGGGGAGUGCGACAGGAGCGGCGAGUUGGGACGACGAGACGUUGGGAGAGGACGGAGAGGAUGAGGGGAACGUGCCGAGUUUUGUGUUGAUGGAUGUGCAGGGUGAUGUGCUGGUGCUGUACGUUUAUACGUUGAAGAGAGGGGAGGGAGGAGACGAGAGUGUCGGCGUGGAGAAGGUCAGUUUUCGGAAGGAGGCAAGGGUAUGA